AUGCUAUCCGUGGUGCGAUGGAUGCUCACGUACUCUGUUUAUCCAACCUUGUUCCGGCUUACGACGCCUGGAGGUCCAUUCCCGUAAGAGAUUUAAAUACAUUGACUAUCAUACAGUAUGUUGGGAUGUACAUGACGGUAAAGGCGGGGGCUGAAGGCCUCUCUAGCGCGGCAGAGAAUUGGAGGGCACCCCAGGUUCCACAAUAUUCCCUACAGUCUCCCGUGGAUUAUAUAAACACAGUCAUAUCGUUGGCAUCAGCGGGAGCAACGGCAUAUCAGAGCUAUAAGGGCAAGGAAGGUAUGAAGUCUGAGAUCAAACAGAUCGUGGGAGAGGAGAUAAAGCAGGUGUAUGAUAAAAUUGAUGAGGUGGAGAAAGAUUUAAGGGAUGAGGGGAAUAAAAGGUUUGAUGAAUUAAAGAAGGAUAAAAGAGGUUUGGAGGAAAAUAUAAGGGAUGAAAUGGUGAGGAACAACUAUUAUAGAUUGGUCACAUCUAUUCUGGAUAUUAUGGAGAAAACCCUUCCUGAGAGAUAUAGAGGUAGGAUAUUUAAAUUUCAAGCCCUCUUAAAUACACAUCCAGCUAGAAAUUUACAGUAUAAUGGACAGAGACAGGGUGGUGGAUGUGAAGGAUAUGAUGAGGCAGCAUCUAGAGAUAGAGAGGAAGAAACUGUUGGAUAG